GGAAAAGGAGGAAAGAACAGAUCACGCGCCAAAAGUGAUCGUGAUGGCAAGCGUGAACUUCAUUUCAAGAAUACAGACGAGGGACAAGAGUAUGCUCAAGUGCUCAAGAUGCAUGGAGGGCCAUGGUUGGAGGCGUACUGCUUCGAUGGUGUCAAGCGAAUGUGCCACAUUUGCGGCAAAAUGGGUCGCAAAGUUCGCAUCGCAGUCGGAGACAUCGUCCUCAUCAGUCUUCGUGGAUUUCAGGAUAACAAAGCAGAUGUCAUCGACAAGUACAUGCCGGAUGAAGUUCGUGCCCUGAAGGCAGCAAAUGAGCUUCCCGAAACAGUAAAGCUCAACGAGACCGAAGAGGGAGGAGAGGACAACUUUGAAUUCGGAAGUGGGGGAGAGGAGGUUUGUUGCAUAAGAGGUCCCAUUGGGAAGCUAACGUUUGAUUCAGGAGGACGAAAGGGAAUCGGAAUCAGAAGAGUCAGACAAAGAUGA